CAUCACGGCCAAGCCAACAGGGACUCCAUCUCGACCCAAACCAACGGGUGUCCGCAGCCGUGCGACGCUUAACACCGUGCCCCCGAGCACCAACGACCGACCGACCGAUUGUCCGUCCUCCACGACGCGCCCGGGCGCACGAAUCGAUUAGGUAGCCAGCCCUGCGCGCCGCUCUCUGCCCCCCCACCGCCGCUGUCGCCAUGCCGCACAUGCGCGAGGUCAAGACGUGCGACCGCUGUCGACACUUUAAGCGCCGCUGCGAUCUCCUCAAGCCGUCCUGCUCCCGUUGCGUGCAGGCCGGCGUGCGGUGCAGCUUUGAGAAUCCCGGUAGUGGUGGUGUUAGUUCUGCGUCGGCCCCCAACGGCUCGUCCGUGUCCCCGGUCCUCAAGUACGAGGAUAACCCGGAUGGCAAGAAUGGCCUGAUCUCCCCCUCCGACUCGGUCGAGGAGACGAGCGAGCAGAAGCUGCUCAUUAACUCGCUGUCAGGGGCCGUCGACGCAUCGUCGCUCGCGGACGACUCGACGACUGUCGCAGGACCCUCCUCGGGUGGUGGUGCCCACGCCGGGCAGAGGGUCGUGAGGAAGCGCAAGCGCAAUUGCCUCAGCUGCCUGCGAUGCCAUCGCCUCAAGGUCAAAUGCGACAAGGAGCUGCCGUGCGGCCGUUGCAAGAGCAGCGGCAACGGGCGCGAGUGCUACUACAGCUACAACAAGGGACCGAAUGGUGGCAAGUUUCCCUGCCCUACGGUGCCCAACCCCUCGUCCGGCAGCGAGAUCACCAAGUCGACGCAGGCCACAUGGCACGUCAGUCACGAGCCGCGAGGAUCGAGCCACUGGCGGGACCUCAUGACCAAGAUUGCCCACCUAACGACAAAGGAGUCGCCGACUUUGACGACGGCGCUGGAGAACGUGGCGACCAACGCGUGUCUCGCCAACUUCACGCUGCCCGGCAACUUCCCGUUCGGCACGCCGGGCGCCACAAAGUACUAUGCGCGCGACGCGGUGGUCAAGCUGGUGGAGAGCGAGCGGCCGCGGUGCCAGACGUACAUUGACCGCUACAUCAACCUGCUGGACUGCGUCAACCCGAUCCUGGACGUGGCCGUGUUCCAGCGCGAGCUCGAGGCGUACUGGCAGGACACCAACUCGGUGAGCCUGUGCUGGCUCGCCCAGCUGCUCAUGGUCAUGGGGCUGGGUGCGUUUGCGACGCCGAGCCACGAGGAGCCGAGCAUCGCGACGGAGCUGAUGAUGGGCGCCGAGGCGUGUCUGAUGCAGACGCCGUUCAUGUUCCGGCCGACGUUUGCCUCCUUGAAGGCCACGUGUCUCAUGGUGGUGGCCAAGCAGGUGUGCAACCCGACGUGCUGGUUCGUCGACUCUUGCUGGUCGCUGCUGGGCCUGCUGGUGCGCAUGUGUUUCAUCUUUGGGCUGCCGCAAGACAGCUCGGAGGGCAUGGACGCGGCCGAGCGGUCAUCGCGGCGGCGGCUGUGGCUGACGAUUCUGUACCUGGACAUCAAGCUGUCGCUGCCGACGGGGAUGCCGCCGCUGACGCGGCCAGAUGAGCUGAGCUCGCUCAAGAGCAUGCCGGAGCUCGGGGAGCACAGCGGGCUGCAGCAGAUCCUGUCCGAGUCGCUGCCGGUGGUGCUGUCGAUCCUGGUGCAGCUCAACUCGGGCAACGACCAGAUCCCGUACCCGGAGGUGCUCCGAUACAACGCGCAGAUCCGGGCGCUGAUGGCGCACGCGCAGCGAGUGUGCACCAACGAGCUGCAGCGGACGACGGUGGAUAUCUAUCUGCGGCGGUGCCUGAUGGUGCUGCACCGGCCGUUUGCGCUGCACCUGGACGGGCCGACCAUGUUCCCCGAGUCGUACUGGUCGUCGCUCGAGUGCUCGCUGGCGGUGCUGAUGCACUACCGCAACUUCUGGUACGAGGACCCGGCGCACAGGUACGACCUGGUCGGGCGGGCCUUUACGCACGAGUUCUUCUCGGCGGCGCUGCAGGCGAGCGUGCACGUGCUGCGGCCGGACGCGCCGCUGGCGGGUGCGGCGGGCACGGGCUGCGAGAUUGUGCCGCGCCAGAUCAUCCUGGACACGUUGAAGAGCUGCGUCGAGAUCUGGCAGGGGGAGCAGCACAAGAGCGUGUGCUGGCGGACGUCCUACAACGUGCUCCACGCGAUCAUGGGGCUGAUGCCGGACUCGGACAUGGAGGAGCUCGAGACGACGCCGACCUCGUGAUGGUGGUAAGAGGGACAGUUCUGAUAUUACACUGCGUUGGGGAUACCAUGAUGAUAGAAUCGAUUCGAAUUCAACAUUGCCUGCUGUGCUACCGUGAUGGACAUCGUUCCCGCCAUCCGUAUAGUGACAUACUGGAGAGUGAGUGUUAGCGGUGAUCAAGGCACUACGUUGAUCUAGUACAGGGUACUACAGGUGCAUCGUCACUAUCUACAAAGCUGACUGGAGCUGAGCUGGCACAAGUGGGCCUGGCCCCGGGCUGGACCCCUCUGCAAGGUCACCCACAGCAUGCCGUCAUCCCGCUUCUGCCCAGACAUUCAUCACGCACCAUCAAAGGAACGAAUGAGGGAAUGUUGAAGGAGUGAGUG